CUAACCUCGCCUCGACCUGAACAUGUCUGCCUUUUCUGUGUGAUCAGUACCUCAGAUUGCAGUACCGAACUGGUGUUGGCCUUUCAACCCUUCGAUGAUUGAGAACAUUAUACUGCCAGCUACUAUUAACGAGACAGGGAGUGUUAAACAAGCCCCCAAAGUGGCGUGCGGAACUGCUCUACUUAGCAGCAGGAAUCCAGCAUCUUCUACAUCUAAGAAUGUCUGAUGAAAAGUUGGGCAAUACUAACUGUUGCCUGGAUCAGAAGACCUUUUAUCUCUGCUGCCAGCUUUUCCUUCAUCACUCCAGUGUCCUUGGAGAUGGAUGGAGCUGGAGAGAAAUUAAGGGUGUUGAAGGCUACAUGAAAAAGACUGUUCUAGUACCUGGAAGACUAGGUUCUCUGCUUAGCCAGCAUGGACAACACAAGACUGAGGAAUAUAUAGAUAUUGUGACGGAAGAAGACCAGGUGGAUAAUGUGGAUGGUGGAACUUGUUCUGUAUGUGAGAGCCAAGCUGUCGUACACUACGAAUACCAUGUUUUAUACUCCUGCAGCUAUCAGGCCCCCGUUCUGUACUUCAGAGCUUCUUCUAUGGAUGGACGGUCCUUGUCUUUUGAAGAGGUCUGGAACAAUGUCCACCCAAACUACAGGCAGAGACUACUGCAAGGACCUUGGGAUACACUGACCCAACAGGAGCAUCCUUUGUUAGGCCAGCCGUUCUUCAUGCUACAUCCUUGUCGAACUGAGGAGUUUAUAAGGCCAAUUUUACAAAUGGCACAUUCUGAGAAAAGGAGAGUGAACUACAUUUUGGCAUGGCUGAGUGUGGUUGGGCCUGUGGUAGGACUAGACAUACCUCUUAGCUAUAGCACAGCAGUAACUGCUCCAGACUGAGACUUCAAUAUCUAUUAUAGCUUACAGAUCAGCAGACCCCAUCCACUCAGCCGUUCAGUCUGCUUAGGCACCGGAGAGCACAACAAGAUGCAAACAAACUGAUUAUUCAUUUGACAAAAGUCAACGACUUUCUGAUUAUUGAUGUAUUAAGAUUUAAGUUUAUUUUUUCUGAUUUCAAUUUUUUAAAAUAUCAGUUUUAUGUUGACAAGAACUGGCAAUGGUAGCAAGCUGCAGGCAAUAGAAUCUUCACUGUCUGACUCUGAGCUGUGCUUUCCCACCCCUGUGUAACCUUUGUGAACUGUAAAUAUGUACUUAUUUAAAUUUGUGUUGCUGCUUAACUUAAUAAUAUUAAUUAACCUAAUAAAUAGCUUUGUGUAUCUUUGUGCCUAUAUGAACAGAUGCUAAUUAAAAGGCGGUAGUGAUAUUACUUACAUUAGGAGAGUAUAGUUUAAUUUGUAGUAGGUGGUUCUGUAGCCAUCUAGUAAAAAUGUAAACAUUUGAAAUGUUUGAGUGCUGUCUUUACUGACUGCUCCUCCAUAUUAAUAAUAAUAAUAAUAAUAAUAAUAAUAAUAAUAAUAAUAAUUUUGAACUCAUCCAGCCAUCAACAAAAUGUUUUGCAGUUUGGCAAUCUAGCCAGGAUGAUGAGACAGAAGAGGAAAAUUGAUUCAUAUUAAUGUAAUGCAAUGUAAAUGGAAUUUUGAAACUUGUGUAUUUUAGAAAGAGGGAUUGAUUCCAUUUGUUUUCAGAUGUGAACCAGUGAAUCACUAAUCUGAGUUUCUCAUGCUGUUCAAACUGUGUUAGGCUGUUAGAACCUUUUGGUGUGUUACUGGUAUGAAAGAGAGUUUGUUUUUCAUUCAUAAUAUUAGAUGGAGAUGGUGAUAUUCCUAGAGACAUGAUGAAGUCUGGAUUUUCUCCUUAUAUGACUCCAACAUGUACCUCUCACUGGCUGUUGAGUAGUAAUUUAAUCUCAAGCAAUAAUUUGCAUGAUAUUUAUACUGAUAUUAAAGACCUUAUGUAUUUGUACUUCUA